AUGAUCCGGAACCUUGAAUGGGAGCUCUACGCGACAGUAGUAGAAGCGAACGAUAAAGAGUCGGUGAUUGAUCGGCUUACCCAGGACAACGAACGGCUCCAGGAAGAGUGCGAUAAGAACGUCGACAUGACACGCGAGAUACAACGGCUCAACGAAGUGAAUGAGAUGCUCUCCGCAAGGCUCAUGGAAGGAUAUAACAAGGCGAUGGCUGACAAGGGACUGCUCAUGGCAAGAUGUAAUGAUCUAGGAACAUUGGGUCUGGAAGGCAAUGAGGCGAGCGGGCGUUAUGGAACGCAAGCCCAGGAGCCAAGUUCAUCUGCGUCCUCCGCGACCCCACAUACUACUAGAGUGGCAAAGAAGAGAAAGACCUUCAGCCCUGGAUCGCGAGUACCGAGAAUGCAAGUGAGCUCCAAGGUCAGGGCCAACUACACGGACUCGGAUGAGUAG